CUGUUGAAUCUUUGAAUUCGUCGCUGUUAGUACACAGAAUAUUUCUUGUUUUUAGUUUGUUAAAGUGCAUUUAAAUUACUGCUUACGGAACGGCAGUUUUGUAAUUGAAUGUAUAAUUUCUGACGUCGCUGACAAAAAUUGUCAGAAUGUCAGAAAUGUUUGUGUUAAAGCAGUUGGAAGGAAGUGACCAAGAGUUGUUUGAAGAUUCGUUAGUUUUAGAUGAUAGUUCAAUGAAAAAACAAGAAAACAGAAACUUCAGUAUUAUGAGUGACUCUAAAGUUGACGGGGGCAAUGAAGACGACGACUUGAUGAAUGGAAUCGAAGCACUGGUAGAAAUCGGUGAACAUUAUCUGGUUAAAAGACCCGAUGACACAUGGCAGUCAGCUGAAGUGAUUCAGAAAAGAUACAUCAAACCUGAUGGCCAUUGGGAAUAUUAUGUCCAUUACGAAGGUUUUGAUCGCCGUCUGGAUGAAUGGGUUACCCGAGACAGGAUUAUGUGCUCUCAGUUUGAAAUGGCAGAGCAUGAUUGUACAAAUGCUCAGAGGCUCAUCUCUGGAGACGCAAAUGAGAAAUCAGAUAGGAAAAUGACAAGAAACCAGAAGCGUAGGCAUGAUGAAAUCAAUCACGUCCAAUUAACAUAUGCAGAGAUGGACCCAACAACUGCUGCUUUAGAGAAAGAGCAUGAAGCAAUUACCAAAGUGAAAUACAUUGAUAAAAUACAUUUUGGUUACUACGAGAUAGAUACGUGGUACUUCAGUCCCUAUCCUGAAGAGUAUGGAAAACAGCCUAAACUGUGGAUAUGUGAAUACUGUUUGAAGUACAUGCGUCUGGAAAAGACAUACAGGUACCACUUGCGUGAGUGUACUUGGCGCCAACCUCGCGGUAAGGAGAUAUAUCGUAAAGGUACUCUGUCUGUCUGGGAAGUAGAUGGCAAAGACCACAAAGUUUACACCCAGAAUUUGUGUCUAUUGGCAAAGCUUUUCUUGGACCACAAGACACUCUAUUUUGAUGUUGAGCCCUUCAUGUUUUACAUAUUGUGUGAAGUGGACAAACAGGGUGCUCAUCUAGUAGGUUACUUCUCUAAGGAAAAAGAGUCCCAUGAAGGAAAUAAUGUUGCUUGUAUUAUGACACUGCCACCUUACCAGCGAUUGGGAUAUGGGAAAUUCUUGAUUGCAUUCAGUUAUGAGUUAUCAAAACUAGAAUGCACUGUUGGUAGUCCUGAGAAGCCAUUAUCAGAUCUUGGCAAGUUGAGUUAUCGUUCCUAUUGGUCAUGGGUGUUGCUUGACAUUCUCAGGGACUUUAGAGGAACUGUGUCCAUCAAAGCUCUCAGUGAAAUGACGAGCAUCGCGCAGACAGACAUCAUCUACGCCCUGCAGUCGAUGAACAUGGUAAAGUACUGGAAAGGGCAGCAUGUGAUCUGUGUCACACACAAGAUCGUUGAGGAGUACAUAAAGACUUCACAGUUAAAAGGUCCAAGGAUGACUGUUGAUGUGUCGUGUCUUCGAUGGAGCCCACCGAAGAAAGUACAAGUGAAAUUGGGCAAGAAGUGGUGUUUGUAAAGACUUUAUUAUCUGCAUUUACAAGCGAGAAAAUGCUGUGAACGGAGAAGAUUACAACAGUGCUUAGUUUUUACCAGUCUGUUAAUUUUUAUACUUUUACAUUUACAGGAUUUUAUUGAAGAUAUGAAGCUGUGAGCUUAUUGUUUUUACAGGUUUUAUGCAUAACCAUAUAUUCAUGAUGGUAUUUAAAGUAAAAUCUAAGUCAAAGAGAUAUUUAAAUUUUGGUUCAAAAAUAGAUUUGGUAAAAGUUCUGUACCACAUAUCCAAGUACAUCCCUUGAUCCUUAUGGCAUGAUCCUGUCUGUGUACAUUAAUCCUGUGGUACAUGUUGCUUGCUGCUUUAAUUUAGUACAUCAAAAGAUCCUGGACAUAACAAAAACUUGUGAUAAAACAAUUAAUUAUGAUUGUGAAAUGCAUACAAAAGAAAAUAUUUCCACAUGCACCAAUGACAUAAUGUAUUUUGUGUUUUGAUAUACCUGUUCUUCUUAUGUCCAGGUUCUUUUGACAUACCAAAUUAAAACAUUGAGCAUUAUGUACCACAGUAUCAAAAUGUACAGUAUCAAGCCAUUAGGAUCAAAAGAUAAUAUUGGGUAUGUGAUACUAUAUAAUUACAGUAGAUUUUAAUACUAAUUGUGCACAAGUCAUAAAUAUUAAUAUUUAAUAUAGUCUAUGUUUUUUUACCAAAAGUGCCAAAUACAUAAUAAAUAAUUUAUUUUAAAGUAGGUCAGUUAAGAGUUUUAUAUUAGUUGUUCUAGAAGUUAAGUCUGUAUUUUUUUGUUCAUUAAGGGGGCUGGAACUUGCAUGUUCUGACAGUCAAUCAGUAGCGUUUUUAGACUAUAGCGGCAAGAUAGAUGAUUGUUAAUUUUGUUAUUAAAGAGUUGCAAUUUAUGCAAGUGAAGAUGUUAAGUUGUUUUAUCUAUAAUGUAUUUUACAGUGGGAGCUGCAAGGUAACGUAAAUUAGUUACAAAGGUGCUAAAAAGAUACUACUGAAAAGGAAGUCAAUAAUGUGUUGCCUUAAAUUCAUCGUGUGACAUUCCUUGUGAGAAAUGUUCUAAAAUGCUGUUGUAAUUUUUUUUGUGGUAAACCAACAAAAUUGUAAUAAUAUUUAUUGAAAUGGGGUUUCAAAAUAUGCCAUCCUAAGUUAAAUUCCUCUUUCAGCUUACAGUUUGUAAAAAUUAUGCUAUAAUCAAUUUCUCACAGUGAAAAUACUAAGCUGUACAAAAGUCGAGUUUACCUAUAUUUUGUUUGAAUUUGCUCGUAAGCCAUUUUAUAUAAAGUUUCAUAUUUUAGUAAUAAGUAUGUUCUUAAUUUUGGGAUCUUUGAAAUAUUUUGUAAGUAAAUAUUAUUUUAAGCUCUAGUAUUUUUAGGGUAUAACUCCUUUGACCAAUUAGGAUAAUAGACAUAGACAGUCUCACAAGUGGUCCACUUGCAGAUAAAACCUUUUCUGUAAAAACAUAUUUCAACAUGCCUUUUAUAAGUAACUGGCUGAUAAAAGGUGUUAAACUAUAUUCACAAAGAUCUGCAAAUGUAUUUUAGAAGUUUCGUGUACUGUGGCCGGCAGUUAUCUUGGCGUCUGAGCUCCCUAGUCCUGUCUGUAGGGGAGGGGAGGGCGAAGAGAAAGCGAUACCCUAUUGUCAAGGUCAGCGGCCAGGUUUGUACUAGCAGAACAGAAAACAUUCAGCGCGUGACUUCCUACACUACGUAAGUCUGUAUCCACGCCCAUGGGGGCCCCAGGGCAGUAAGGCCUUUUGGCUAAGAGCGCUGGGUUACCAAACCAAAAGUGAGAAAUCUUAUGAAUUGUACUUGUACUACAUAAGUGUAACAUUGUGUAAAUUGCAGUGGUUGUGCUCGAAUAUUUGUACUCAUCUGUCAGGAAAAGUAACAAACUAUUAUCUAAACCUGCAACGUUUUACUUUGUCCCAUCAAAUAUACUUACGGUGUCUGCUAAUUAUUAUGCUAACCAAAAUUAAUUGAAAUGUUGUUAACUCAGUAACUAGCGAAAACCAGACACUAUUUAUUUUGGAAAACUAGGUCACUUAGUAUGUAAAAUAAAUUUAAAACUAUGCUUCUCAAUUCAUUGUGUUCUCAAAGUUAUUUUUAAAAAAAGUCUGACAAGGAAAAGCAAACGACCAAAACAUUACGCAAUUGUAGUUCUCCGCGCGAAAGCUAUCUCACAGUUGAUGACGCAGGAACCAGUUUAGCCCUUAUCGUUCUCCGGUUUCCGUACCUAAAACGUGCCAUUUAGCGCUGGAUUUACAUUUAACUAAAAUGGAGCUUGUUAUGUUAUAUUUGCUGCUUUAACUUCAUGUCAGUCGUUUAGGAAACACCUGACUACCAACAUUAAUGGCAUUUAAAAAAUGCUUGUGUAUGUGUGGCUUUAUAUUUUAAUGCACCUUUAAUCAAUUAUUUAUUAUAAAUAUAAAUACAAUUUGCAUUGUACUUCCACUUAAGAAUGCAUAUUAUAACUUUCAAAACCUCAUAUAUAUUAUAUGAUUUGUUUAAUGUAAGUGUGAAGUUCUCUUUCCAUAAUAAUCAAUUGUAUUAGGUGACGAAAAACAAAAUUAAGUUAAAAUUAAUUACUAUUAUUACUAUUCGAUUGUCAGCAUUCAUAGUGUACAAACAAUGCAGAACAUAUAACUUACAAUGUUAAACAUUCCAUUUAAGCCACUUUUGCGCUUUUUUGGAGUAAUAGCAACUUAUACCAUAGAAUAAACGGUUUUUAUUAUUUCCCGCUCUCCGCUAUUUAUCACUUUGCCGCGUCUCUGCGAGCUGCCACCUUCGCCUUCCAUUUUAGGGUAUACACUGAAGGGCGAUAUUUUCCUAACAGCCACUACACGGCUCUCGGCUACGUGUCGCCUGCUUACCCCCUCUUCUUUCUCCGGUCCCGCUGUCCCCGCCCCCCGCGCUGAGAGACGCCAAGAUAUCUGCCGGGCACAGUAGGGUUAUCUGGGGAUGAUGUAAAAACUAACCUAUUCUAAAAGCAUCCAUGCCCAAAGUGGGAUUUGUGUCCUAAUUUAUCUUUUCCUUGGGCGAUGAAAUCUUUUAUAUUCAAUGUAUGAAAUUAAACUUAGCAUUGUUUGCUAAUAUAAUGUGAUCUUUCUACUAAGGCAUUGUGUGACUCCAAACUAUAGUUAUGGUGGCUACUAGAGGUUCGUAGAAAGAAUGUUUGAAAUUAAAGUCACUUGGGUUUCCAUUACUGUUUGACAGUUCCUUCUUAUGUGCCAUAUAGCAGCUAUAGUAUAUUCUGAACAUAAUGUACAACAAAUGGUCCAUUCAUUUUGUGGUAUAGAUACGUUCAAAACAGGUUUGGCUCCAGGAAGAUGUUUUAGGAAGAGUUUUUGUAGGAAGAAAGGAUACAUGUUAGAAAUAGGUAUAAGAAUGCUUACAAAUUUAUGGUGUCAAAUACUGAACUAUCAAUGUUUCAUACAAAUUUUAUAGUUUUAUGCAACUUUUAAUGAAAGAAAUGUUUAUCAUGUGAAUUAAGGUAUUUUAAGUAAAUGUUACCAUGCCCUCAAAAAUAAAAUAUUAUAAUAGAAUUCAGGCUCAACAGAGUUUUUUGCCCUCCACCCCCUGGUGCCAUGCUUGGUUCAAUAGAAAAUGUUUUAAAUUUAGCUUAAAAAUUUUAAUACAUUUUUAUAUCAGGUCUAAAUAAAAAUAGUAAAUAUGUCAACAGAGAACCAAGUUUCAAUUAGGUGCCAGAAAUCCUCAUUUUUAAAUUUUUAAUAUAAUUAUAGUGUUUACAAUUUAAUGGUAUUUGGUAAAUUUCAAAUGGCAGGUCAAUUAGGUGUAUCUUUUUUGUGCUUUGUUGUCCAAAUUUAUUUUUUAGAAACUUAUAAUAAGAUAUAAUAAAAUGUAAUGUUUUUAGUAUAUGACAAACUAGUCUCACCUCUAGCUGAACCAAGUAACAAUUUUUUUAUAGAAUAUUUUGAUGAAAAUUAAAGUAUAUUCUUGUUUAUUACAAAAUACACUAAUUUAUAGUUUUUACAAUGUUAGAGGGUUAAACUAAAAAUAUGUAUUCAGCUGACUCUUCACACCAUUAUUAUAAAUUUUUUUAUGAAUUCUUCUAUUUUUUUUAUUCCAUACUUACAUUGCUAACACUUCUCUUCCAGUAACUGUUUUCUUUUAUUAAUUUAUAAGAAAUUGGAAUCACUUAUUCUUUUAAUUUUUUCAUUGGCUUGUGCAUGUUUAUCACAUUUAUUUCAUUUCCAUGAGUUCAAAGUGUGAUGCACUUCACUGCACAGCUAAGCCAGCAGUAGUGUUUUAAUUGUUUCCAAUAUUUGGUUGGUAGGAUCUUAAUUUUUAAAAAAAUAUUAUGUUUGCUCUAUAUUUUUUUUUAUUGUAUCUGAGACUAAAUAUUCUUUUCAUAAAAUACUAGCACUGAUCAUCAUAUAAGCCUCUCCUUCACUCACACACAUUUCUCCUAAUCAGCUCCAUGAAAUGCCUUUAGUUAAUUCCAAUAAAUUCUGUAAAAUAAGUCAUUAUAUUAAAAAUUGCUUCCAUAUGUUUUGAAAUAAUCCAAACUAACAUAAAAGAUUGUCCUGUCUCGAACUACGUUCAUCCACAAUAGCACACAAAAUCUGGUGGUAUUUUAUCUUAAAUGCUUUGGUCGGCAUGUACAGUCAUGGCUUGAAAAAAAGGAAUUCAUUACUCCAUUAGCUUAGUAUACAAAGUUUGUGGUUUGAUUAUCUAUGCCUGGCUGUGCAAGUCUGCUUUAAAUGUACUGUACUUUUUAUGGAAGAAAGUAUUGCCCAAGUUUAAUUAAGUAAAACUACAAUAAUCAUUAAAAUUCUAUGUUAGCAGUUGAAAGUAUUUGUGUUUUAACUUAUUUUUUUUUUUUUGGUGGUUUAUAAUUGUUAAUCCUAAAUUUGAACUGAAUCAAAUACCAUUAAAAUGUGUUUUUUUUCCCCUCUUGUACAACACAAGUUGUGUUUGUAAAUCAUAAUUAUUUUUUUUUGUUUUUAGAUUAAUUUUUACAGUUGAGUUUUAUAAUCACAUAGACCACUGGUUUUGAGAGUUAGUCAUAUUGUUUUAUCUUAGGAGUUGAAUUUUUUUUUUAAUUGAGCUGUGAAAAAAAAAUUUGUUUGAAGAUUUGUUGCUUUAAUGUAUGCAAAAUGUAUUGUUAUGGAAGCUAGUAAGUUUUGUAGUGAAGCAGUUGGAAGAUAAGUCUGUAUUGUUGUGUGUCAAGUCAUCUACUAUGUAUGUCCCUUUAGGUUUAUUUGAGAUUUAGUGUACUUACUCUUUUUAUAUAUUCUAGGACAACAUAGUUUUUUGCCGAUUUUUUUUAUCAAUGGUUGUAGAGCGAUAGAUCUUUGAAAAUGUUUUUAAAAUAAGGUUUUGAACUUGUGUAAGGAAUUCAUUUAUUCAUGAGAUAAAACUAUGAUAGUGAAAUAGGUAUAAUAUUCAAGCUUUUCUGCAGGGCAUUAAUUUUAUUUUCAAACCAAAUUAAAAUUUUAAAUAUUUUUAAUUUUGCUUUGUGUGGGAUAAUUAUGUCUUUUAAUAGGGUCUAUUUUUAAUAUGCCUCAAGUUAUUGAACAUUUUGUGCUCAUCACAGUUUCAAUAUGAAUAAUAUUUAUUUGCGAAAUCACAUUUUACAUUUCACUAAGAUUCGGUAUUUUAUUUAAGUACAUGCAGUAUGUGUUAGUAUAGUGUCCCUGUUUAGGCAGGAUUAAAAAAGAUAUUUUUUGCUUCUUGUUUAGUAAAUUGGUGUUACAUUUUCAUGUACAACAAUAUUCUGUAAAAUGUGUAUCUUUCGUUUCUUAAGCAUAGUUUUCAGAUAUUUUUAGAAGGAAAUCAUUUACUAGCUACAACAAAUGUCUUUCAGUUGUGACAAUAUGUCCAAAGAGAUUCAGGAUAAUUCUGAUAGGAUUAUGUUAUUGUUUCCAGUAAAGUUCAAUCAACAGGAAUCUCUUGUGGGUAAGUUAUCUAAUCAUUAAUUUUAACCUCUUAUAAUACACUUGUGAAUGUUUUUAGGUGUUGCUAAUAACAGAAUAAACAUUCACUAAAGUAUCAAUUGUACAACCCUCACUUUACUGUCAUUGCAAGUUUUUUAUUGCCUUUAAAUUUUUCAUUUGCAACAGAAGAAUUUUCACCCUGUCAUCACUUCCUCUAACUAAAUUGCCUGAAAUACAAUUUUUUUGAGUGUAGCUUUGGUAACUUUUAAACCUACUGUAAACUCCUUAAUAAUUGGUUUUAAGAUAUGCAUAAAUUGCGUGUAAAUUAUUCAGGAUUUUAAUUUUUAGUAUGUCAGUAGUUUUUUUUAAUCAAAAUCUUAACCAAUUUUGAACUAGAAUAUGAAAAUAUAUGCGUGGACUUCACCUAAUUUAUUAGAUAGGCUUUUAUGGCCAUUGUAACAAACUACUACUUGACUUCUGAGUUAGCUAUCCAUCGACACAUCGAUAUGUUCACAGACCCUGUUUCAACCUCGAAGCCAUAAAGUAUGUACCUCCAGAAAAUUGCGAAAAUUUUUAAAAUCUGUUUACUGAAAUUUAAUGUGAAUUUGUAAUAUUCAACCUAAUGUUUUGUUGUUAAUGCAGUUAAUAUUAAUUAUUACAGUAAAAUUGUUUUGACAAGUACUCUUGUGACAGGCCAAUACACUGUGUUGAUGGUUUUUUUUUUAGGUAGGCCACCAAAUUUUAAUAACAAAAAUGAUUUUUUGGAUUAAUUGAAAUAUCCAAAACACAGUGACAUAGGAAAGAAGUUUGCACAGCAUUAUGUUAAACAUUAUUUUUGGAGUAGUAGAUAGUGAUCCAAUUAAUGUUCCAAGUUUCAAAUUUUUGGGAUAUCUAGGUGAAAAAUCAGCUUUACACAAUUAUUUUACGAAAUAUAUUGAGGAGGGUCUUUUUCAACAUUUAUUAAAUAAAUUAAAUGUAGAAAUGGAUUUUAAGUAUAGUUCAAGAUUACUAUUAUAAAUGAAAUAAAAACUUUAAUUAUCAAUCAAUUAGCUCUUGAAAAAAAUUUCCGUAAGCACCUGCUAUUCUGCAACCAUUGAAGUAAAGGAAGUAAAAAAAAGUUCACAUAAUUUCAACUAAAUCUUAAAGUAUAUGAUGUUGAUACUUUUUGAUUUGAAUAGUUCGUAAACAUUAGUUCCUAGUUAUGUCAGUAGCCUUUUUUUACCAAGCUCUUAGGAUGUAAGUAAUGUUUUUGUAAGGAAGAAUAUCAUAUUGUACAUUUGUAAUGCAAUAUGUGAUUUUUUUGUAAGUGCAAAAAACUGUGAUAAAUAUUUUGCAAUAAAUUGUGAACCUUUUA